AUGGGCGCCAAGGCUCUCAUCAACAGCCACCCGAAGAAGUUCGGCAAGGGCGGCCGCCGGUGCCGCGUCUGCGGCAACCAGCAGGCCAUCAUCCGCAAAUACAACAUGAACAUCUGCCGGCAGUGCUUCCGGACGUACGCGAAGGACAUCGGCUUCGUGAAGUACAACUAGGUCUUGUCGUAAAAAAAAAAUAACACUACUCCGUUCCUGUCGGUCAUGCCUCCCCCUCGCCGACGACGUCGCUUGCCUUGGGGCGACGGCGUGUGAUAGGUGUGCGAGGGCCGGGGCGGGCCGGGCGUACGUAUGUUGGCGCGGAUCCGGAGUCGAGGCGGCGUGCGGGGACGCGGCGGGGUCGCGUCUAUGGCGUCGGGGGCGGGAUUGACCGUACGGCGCCUGGUAGCAGGACGCGGCGCCUGGCCCCGCGUCGCGGCUUAUAAUGGGGCCAUGGGCUGCCCAAAGCGCGGGAGGGUCCUAGAGGCGUCCCGUCCGGCCCUGCGGGCAUGUAACCGCCAGUUUUACGGCGAGGUACGGGUGCUGGGCAGCCAGAUGGGGCUGCCCUGGUUUAACCUCCGGCAGGUCUCCGAGGACCCCGGAUGGGACGCCGCGUGGACUGAACCUGCAUUCAAAGCGCCGCGCGACCCUUCCGGCCGUCAGAUGACCAAAAAAGUACCCCCUACUUUGUUCCGAGCCGCUCAAAUAACUUUGCGCUGUGUGUCGUAUAACCGCUGCGCCCAAAACGCCAAACCCUAGCUGGCCGCUGAAACCGGCUUCAAAACACUCCACGAGCCCUAGAGGAACGCUCCAGCGCCUACGACGCCAUUACCUGCGCCUGCGCUCAAGAACCAGCCGUGCGCGCCAAAAGUCGUCUUGGCCGUGCGACCCCUGAAACACAUCUCAAAACACUCCAGAAACCCACCCGCAGCGCCCAGCAUGACCUGCGCCGUCUGCGCGCGCGUACAGACGAGGCCAAAAAGGGCCAGUAGACUCGGCCGCAGCGGUAAAGGCCGCCGCGGCGGGCCCAUCAAGGCUGUUGUGGCCGCCUACGCGCUCACGAGCGCGUCCGCCCUCUCGGCCGCGCCCGUGAGGCGGGCGGCGCCGGUGAAGAACUCCGACGAAGUCCCGGCCGCCGUGAGCCGCCGCUCGCACCUGACGACGAGCGUCACGGCGCCGGUCGCCGCGGCCGUCGGCGCCAAGGGCUUGGUAGCGGUGGCCCAGGACUUGGCCGCGCGCCGCGCGGGCGACGUCGUCGUCCUAGAUCGGGUGACGCGCCACGUCAACGACCUCUUCGCGGAGGACGAGGUGCUCGCCACGGCGGCGUCCUUCUCGAUCCUCACUCGCAUCAAGUCCGCCUGGUCGGCGAACGAGAAGCUCACGGCGAAGGGUCUGGAUCAUGUCAAUUCGUUAAGGGACAUCGCGGGCGUGCGCGUCGUCGUCGACGAGGGCCCGCAACUCAUAGAUGAGGAGGCCGGCUACGCGCUGUGCUACCGCGUGCUGAGGAGGUUGGCGACGUCGCCGUACGUGCGAGAAGUGACGGAUCUGAAGGACUACGUCCGGGCGCCGAAGCCGAACGGCUACCGGUCGCUCCACGCGACGAUCGUACCCACGUCGUCCCGGUUACCUCGCUUCGAGAUCCAGGUGCGGACGCGGGCCAUGGACAACGUCGCGAUCCACGGCUCGGCGGCGCACCGCGCGUACAAGCUCGCCUCGGCGGGCCGCGUCGCCGACGUGGUAUGA